AUGGCUGAAGAUUCGGGGCUCCAGGCGGCCCUGUGCUCGGAGCAGUUUGGCUCCGGAGCGGCCCGGGGCUGUCGCGCCGCCGCCGAUGGGCGCCUGCAGUGGGAGGCCGAGGGGCGGCGCUGGUGGGGUUCCCCCGGGAACCGAGGGGGCGCUGCCUCGUCGCCUCUCUCCGGUCUCGUGUCUGUGUUCCUGCCGCAGGGCUUUCCUGACAGCGUCAGCCAGGACUACCUGCCCUACCAGUGGUGGGACUCCGUGCAGGCCUUUGCUUCCAGUCUCUCGGGCUCCCUGGCCACCCAGGCGGUCUUGCAGGGCAUAGGGGUGGGGAACGCAAAAGCUUCUGUUUCGGCUGCCACGGCUACCUGGCUGGUGAAAGAUUCAACGGGCAUGCUGGGCCGCAUUGUCUUUGCCUGGUGGAAGGGGAGCAAACUGGACUGUAAUGCCAAGCAGUGGAGGCUCUUUGCCGACGUCCUCAAUGAUAUGGCCAUGUUCCUGGAGAUUAUGGCCCCCGCUUUCCCCAUCUGCUUCACUAUGACCGUCUGCAUCAGCAACCUGGCCAAGUGCAUUGUGGGUGUGGCUGGUGGCGCCACCCGGGCAGCCUUGACCAUGCACCAGGCCCGGAGAAACAACAUGGCCGACGUGUCAGCCAAGGAUGGCAGUCAGGAGACGCUGGUGAACCUGGCAGGGCUCCUGGUCAGCCUCCUGUUGCUUCCCCUGGUGUCCGGCUGGCCCAGCUUCAGCCUUGGUUGCUUCUUUCUCUUCACAACCCUCCACAUCUACGCCAACCACCGGGCUGUUCGAGCCCUGGUCAUGGAGACCUUGAACGAAGGCCGCCUCUGGCUGGUCCUGCAGCACUUCCUUCAGAAGGGGGAGGUGCUCGACCCCACUUCAGCCAAUCAGAUGGAGCCGCUGUGGACAGGUUCCUGGCCGCCUGUGUCUCUGUCCCUGGGGGUCCCCCUGCACCGCUUGAUUUCCAGUGUCUCUGAGCUGCAGCACCUGACUGAGGGGCACCAUGAACCCUACCUCCUUUGUUGGAACCAAUCACGAAACCAGGUCCAGGUAGUUCUGAGCCAGGCGGCAGGCCCUGAGACCAUUCUAAGGGCUGCCACACACGGGCUGGUGCUUGGAGCCCUGAAGGGAGCUAGACAUCUCCCUAGAGAGCUGGAGGGACUGAGGAACCAGCUGAGGGCAGACCCUGAGAAAGCUAGCUGGGCCAUCGUCAUGGAGACCCACCAAGUGUUGGACAAGCUAUUCCCAAAGUUCUUAAAAGGACUGCACGAUGCUGGCUGGAAGACUGAGAAGCACCAGUUAGAGGUGGACGAGUGGAGAGCCACGUGGCUCGUGUCUCUAGAAAAGAAAAUGUUGUGA